AGCACCCGCUUGUUAGUUAUACACCCUAUCCUUCCUUAAACCCCUAAACUAAACUAAACCCUAUCGACAACGAUGGACCGUAAUUGACCUGGUUACUGCAUGCUUCACUUCACCCAGUCUCCGUUCAUGGCCAUCGCUACCUUAAAAUUCGCUUGCAAACCCAAUUUCCUUCUUCGCCCCGCUCCCUUCCAAUGCAUCCGCAAGCUUGUACCAAAAUCUCUCCCUACGGUUGAGGUAGAGGAAUGUAGGGGCUCUACUCCUGAACAGGGCAAGGGGACUAGCGAAAAACUCAUAUUAGAAAAUAAUAAUAGCAAGGUCCAGGCGUGGAAGAAACUGAAUUCCAAAGAGCUUGGACUUCGAAAUUCCAUGAUAGCUGUUCCAACCAAAAAGGUUCUGAACGUGCUAAAGAAAAAGGGGCAUGAUGUAUACCUUGUAGGAGGUUGUGUUCGGGAUCUUAUACUAAAGCAAACACCAAAAGACUUCGAUAUUAUAACUUCUGCAGAUCUUAAAGAGGUGAGGAAAACAUUUUCAUGGUGUGAGAUAGUUGGUAAAAGGUUCCCCAUAUGUCAUGUUCAUAUGGAUGGUACCAUUGUUGAGGUUUCAAGUUUUAAUACUGCUAGAUGCAAGUCAAGUAUGCACUUCAUUUAUGAUGAUAUUGAGGCACCUAAUGACUGUGAUAAAGAGGACUAUCUUCGAUGGAGGAAUUGUUUGAAACGAGACUUUACAAUUAACGGGUUGAUGUUUGAUCCAUAUGCAAGAAUUGUGUAUGAUUACAUGGGAGGAAUGGAAGAUAUCAUAAAAGCUAAAGUGCGAACGGUGGUUCCUGCAGCUACUUCUUUUCGGGAGGAUUGUGCUCGCAUUCUACGUGCAAUUAGAGUUGCUGCUCGCUUGGGGUUUAGUAUUUCAAGGGAAACAGCUCAAUCUGUUAAAAAUCUUUCAUAUUCAGUGUUAAGACUAGAUAAGGGUAGGCUUUGGAUGGAAAUAAAUUAUAUGCUAGCUUACGGAUCUGGUGAAGCUUCUUUGAGGCUACUAUGGAGAUUUGGACUUCUAGAUAUACUUCUCCCAUUUCAGGCUGCUUAUUUUGUUUGUGGUGGAUUUCGAAGACGGGACAAAAGAACCAAUUUGCUUUUGUCUUUCUUCUCUAAUGUGGAUAAACUUUUGGCACCGAACCGUCCAUGUCAUAGCAGCUUAUGGGUUGCUAUCCUUGCAUUACAUAAGGCAUUGAGUGAUAAACCAAGGGAUUCCUCGGUGGUUGCUGCAUUUAGCCUUGCACUCCAUAAUGGUGGAAAUUUGUCAGAAGCAAUAAACAUAGCUAGGAGGAUCAACAAAGCACAUGAUGCCAGAUUUCCUGAAUUAUUAGAUCCUUCAGGUCUGGAUGAAGAGAAUUUGGAAGCUGAGAUUCUGGAUCUUGCAGAGUCUGUUAAAGGGUCAUUGUUGCAGAUGACAGAUAGGCAUUUGGUAUCUGGGGCUAUGGCUGACUAUCCUCAAGCUCCUCAUUCAAAUCUGGUGCUCAUCCCAUUAUCAAUGUUCCUUAAAGCUCUCAACUUUUUUGAUUGUGUGAAUGUAAGUACUGGUAAGAAUUAUUUGUCAAAGCAAGGUAGACAAAUUGAUUAUGAGUCCUUAGCUCGUGGAGAUUUGCUAGAAGUACGGCAUGUGUUUGCAAGGAUUGUAUUCGAUACCGUAUAUCCACUACACCCAAACAAAGAUUAGUUAAAAAAAAGCACUGGAUUUUCAAGAGGCUAGUUUGAAGUUUUAUUAGAAGUUGUGAGAAAAUUGAUGCUGGAGUAGGCAUUCUAUCAAGUUCAAGGAUAAUAUGGUCGUUGAAAAUUGGAAAAAUGUUUGGUGAAGGUCUGGUGGCAGCAUUUGACAUUUGAGGGGUACUUUCAGGAAUUAUCGUUAUCUUUGUCAUCAGCCAAGUGACAGGCUAAAUAGGCAGCGGAUAAAAAAAAAAGGUAUAAACAGUUUCCACCCGCAAAAAGAUUUUUGCCCUUUUCUUUUUUGUUCCAAAGUGUUUUUUAUUUUUUAGUUUAAUAGUUCUUUUAUCAACCAAUCUUACAUAUUGUUCUCGUGGUGUCAUGUAUAUAUGGCAAUUUUGGACGGCCAAAUCAUUAAAUUGCCAAAAAGUUAGAAAUGUUGAAUUUAUUCACGAAUGAAAAAAAUCUAUUCAUUAUAUUGUCAUU